AUGUCGGACCCUCAGCCGUCCACCUCCAACCCUGCAGAGAUCGUACACCAGUUGCACAACAUCGACGCCAUCCAGCAAGACCUCGCAGACACCGCUGCAGCCGUCGAGAACACGGGUGCGCAGGGCCAUCCAGAGGGCGCCUCAGACGAGUCUUCACAAGCUGUACUGCUAGACAAUGCAGAGGCAAUGGAAUCAGCCUUAGAGUCUGCCAUACCAGCUGCACCUGCUUCUGCCUCCGAGUCUGCUGCAUCAGAAGCUAUGGGGGAGACACGGGGAGACACAUCGCCGCAUGUCGCUGUGACUAUUCCAGAGGAAUCAGUGCCGGCCACGGCAGGCAUCGUCGAUGAGUCUGUACAAUCAGAGCCUGCGCAACCAGAGCCCAUAGUGGCCGAAGCCGAACCUACCCCAUUAUCGACACUUGCUCCAGGGGUUAGCGGUGAGCCCGUCACCGUGGUCGUGGAUGAUCUUGCUCCAUCCAACCCCGCGGGGGCUACUUCAAGCACUGCAAAUACCCAUGUGCCGGAGGCGACGCCCUCUCAACUCGUCCCCGAAACGCCUCUCGUAUCCCAAUCUACCCCUACUGUCUCUACGCCCGUUGAAGCCCCGCCCAUCGUAGCCCCAGAACAAAGCCAACCGGCCUCUUGGACGGCCUACGAGGACCCCGUCACAAACACCCCGUUGCCCGAAGGCCUGACAGAGUCAUCUCCUAGCGUGCGACAGAAUGCAGAGCUGGUGUACUCGUGGCGAACCGACUCACAGCAAUCUGAUACGGUACUUGCUCUGUUCAACUGGUCUAUUCAGCGAACCGAGGUUGAAGAUGCUCGAGCUUGGUACAAAGUACUCGCUGUAGAUAAUCCCACUGCUUCACAACCCUUGCUUGCGUUGAUCAACUUGGAGUUAGCCUUGUCCAACUUUCCUCAAGUGGAAGAGAUAUUCGCGUCUACCCUCAAAGGCGACGCGGGCAUCAACGCGCCGAUCGAUGUCGGUAUUUGGGCUGCCUAUCUUCACUACAUUCGCCGUCAAAACCCCAUUCUGGAUGGCGCACCCAACAACGAGCAAGUACGAGACACGAUAGCCAAAGCUUACGACUUUGCGCUGCGCGAAUGUGGAAAUGACCGAGAAAGCGGAGAGAUCUGGGAUGAAUAUAUCAAAUUUGUUGCGAGUGGACCGUCCUCCAAUCAAUGGGAUACCCAAGCCAAAACUGAUAAUCUUCGGAGAAUCUACCAGACUGCCGUUCGCAUACCACUCAACAACAUUGAGGCGCUUUGGAAGGGCUACGACGCGUUUGAAACGGCUCAAAACAAACUCACCGCCAAAAAGUUUUUGGCUGAGAGGUCUCCAGCCUACAUGACGGCGCGUACCGCCCUCCGAGAGCUGCGUACACUCACAGAUCGGAUCCCGAAACCAGUCAUCCCCGCUCGCCUGUCAUUCACGGAGCAAGACAGACAGGCGAUCAAUGCGUGGAAGGCGUACUUGAAAUGGGAGGAGAGUAACCCGUUGGUCAUUGAGGACCAGGAGAUUUUGCAGUCCAGAAUCGAGUAUGCGUUGAACAAGAGUCUGGGAGAGAUGCGCCACUUUUCUGAAAUUUGGCAAUACGCCACAGCUUAUUACCUGAAGCAGAACGAGAAGGAUAAGGCAAUCGAGCUCGUCAAAGCUGGUGUUGAAGCUUGUCCGAAAAGUUUCCUUUUGACUUUUGCCUAUGCCGAGUUGGAAGAGGAACGUAAAGAAUACGCAACCUGCCAUGCCCUCUACAGCAACCUCAUCUCAAAACUCAACCCCGAAGUUGAUCAGCUUCGUAAAGAGAUUGUCAAAGAGGUUGAAAUUGCCCGCGGACCUCCUAUUCCCAAUGCUGAAAAAGCCCAGUCUGCUGCUGCUGCCGGCGAUGUGGACAUGGAUGGAAACGAUUUGCAGGAAAUUCAGAAAUUGGUCGACGAGCGAGAGAACCGAGGUCGACUAGUCGCAGAGAGAAGGGGUCGAGAUGUGGAUGAACUCAUGAUUGGAAUCAGCGUGGUGUGGAACAUGUACAUGCGAUUCGCUCGACGGGCCGAAGGUAUCAAAUCUGCACGAGCUGUCUUUGGCAAAGCUAGAAAGUCCCCUCACCUGACAUGGCAUGUCUUUGAGGCAUCUGCAAUGGUGGAGUAUCAUUCCAACAAGGACUCUGCUGUAGCCAUCAGGAUUUUCGAGCUUGGUCUCAAGCUUUUUGCCGAGGAUGUCGAUUAUGUCGUCCAAUAUCUCAAAUACCUCAUCUCCAUCAAUGAUGAAAGCAAUGCUCGGGCACUCUUUGGAAGAUCAAUCACCAAGAUUGCCGCCGACAAGGCGCGACCCCUGUACGAUGCCUGGGCACAGUACGAGUACAUGUACGGUGAUCUUCCUGCGGCAAAGAAGCUCGAGGAGAGUCUCCAAGAAGUCUACCCCAACGAUGCUCCACUCAAGCGCUUUGCGCAAAGGUGGUGCUACAAUGGCAUUGACGAGAUCGCCAUACGGGAUCUGGGCUUCAGCCAGAAUCGCACAUCGAGAGCAUCCACUCAACCCCGACCUGCCCCUCACAUUGCUCCGGCUGUCGAUCUGGCGCCUGCCCCCCCUGCUCCCAUUCUUGCCCCUGCCCUCCAAGAAAGUUACAAACGGCCUGCGCCAGAAGAUCUCGCUCGCCACGACUCGGGAGACUAUGCCAGCCGCUCUCCAAAGCGACACAGAGGGCAGUCUCCCCGCCGCGAGCCCCCGAUUGACCGGGAUGACCGAGGGCCACUUGGCCGGUACUCGCGCGAGCCUUCGGUGUCCUCCAAGCUUCCACCAGCAGGCCCUCUGAACGGCCUUGGAUCUGUGGCACCUGCCUACGGCUCCCCAGUCGUGCCAAGCGUCGCUAGCGAUAAGGAUAGGAGCGGUCUUGGUCCUGUGUUCCGCCCUGAUGAUAUGGUCAAGGUGUUUAACAGCGUAACAUUCCCGGGCGCGUCUGCUGCACCUCAAGCGGCUCCCAUUCCCCGAGGACCACCGCCGCCUGUCACUGGCCGAGGGUACUAUGACGAUAGAGAUAGGAGGUACGGUGGACCACCAAGAGGCAGGUAUUGA